AUGUCUGUCAAGUUCCAAGAAGAGAUUACCCGCACCGUCACUGGCGGCAAGCCAGAGGACCUCGUUCACCGCGUCGGCGAGCGAUUGACUGGCGGACACACCACUGCCGGCUACCUCCAGGCCUACCUCCGCCAGCUCCAGCACAACCCGCUGCGCACUAAGAUGCUCACCUCCGGUGUGCUCUCUGGUUUCCAAGAACUUCUCGCCUCCUACCUUGCCUCCGACGUCGGCAAGCAUGGCCACUACUUCUCCUCGCGCAUCCCAAAGAUGUCGCUCUACGGCAUGUUCAUCGCCGCUCCCCUCGGCCACGUCCUCAUCGGAAUCUUGCAGAAGAUCUUCGCCGGCCGCACCAGUCUGAAGGCCAAGAUCCUCCAGAUCCUGGUUAGCAACUUGAUCAUCUCCCCCAUUCAGAACUCCGUUUACCUUUCCUCGAUGGCGGUCAUCGCUGGUGCGCGUACCUUCCACCAGGUCCGCGCUACCGUUCGCGCUGGCUUCUUGCCCGUUAUGAAGGUCAGCUGGGUUACUUCGCCGCUGGCGCUGGCGUUCGCUCAGAAGUUCCUCCCCGAGCACACCUGGGUGCCGUUCUUCAACAUCAUCGGUUUCUUCAUUGGAACCUAUGUUAACACCCACACCAAGAAGAAGCGUCUGGAAGCUCUGCGCAAGCGCUACGAUCAGCGUGAUCAGCGCCGUGAUUACGAGAAGCGCGACUACCCUUAG